AUGAGUCUGUUACGGAGCAACAACAACUAUGGCAAUAUUACUAUUCAGAACGAUCAUCAUCAUCACACCUCUUUUGAUGAAUCAUCGGUUCAAUUCUUGAAUGAUUACAAAAUAGAAUUGAUGAAUCGAGAGGAAGAUGAAUUAAUUUCCGAAAUUCAACAACUCAUCCUUAGAGUGUUUCCCGAUGAAUCGAAGGUACAGAUUCAAAGACAAACCGGAGGCAACACGAAUCGAUUGUACAAGGUGAAACUCGGCUCGGAUCAUACAAACAUCGUCCUCGUUCGAAUUAAUGGCUUAGAAACUGAAAGACUGAUUGACCGAAAGAAGGAAUUACAUCACAUGAUCGAAUUAGGAAAGAGAGGAGUAGGAUCUCGGGUUUAUGCUGCUUUUCAAAAUGGAUUUAUUUAUGAGUAUGUGGAAGGAACCGUUUUGAAGAAUGCUGCAGAUGCUAGCAAGUAUUGCAAGGAGAUUGCUCGCAAGUUAGCCGAGUGGCACAAAUUGAGGAUUAAAGACACUGAAUCCAACAAUCUCUCUCCUUCGUUGUUCAAUAGUUUGAGGAAAUGGAUUGAAAUUGUAAAGAAUAUGGAAUGGAAGAACAAGGAAAUUCAAGGAAAAUUUGAAAAAGAAGUUGAUUUUCAGAGAAUUUGCUCAGAUGUGGAAAAAAUUGCCAAUAACGAUUAUUUCAUGCAGAAAGGACACGACAAUAGGCAACCAAUACUUGCAGAUCCAACAAAUCUGAGUCAAGUGAUUGAUCCUUUUACGAUUGGAUUUUGCCACAAUGACCUUGUGAUUUUAAACAUUAUUGCCAGCAGUGCCACGAAUACUUCCAAAGUGCAAUUCAUUGAUUGCGAGUAUUGUGGAUACAACUAUAGAGGUUUCGACAUUGGAAAUCACUUUAACGAAUAUUGUGGAUUUGAAAUGGAUGAAACUCUCUUUCCAUCUCGAGACACUCAAGAAACAUUUGUUCGAGAAUAUUUAAAAUCCUUCAUUGACCCCGCCCAUUCUCACGAAAUAACUCAACAACAUGUGAAGCUGUUUCUCAAAUCCAUUCCACUCUUCUGCAAAUUGUCACAUUUAUAUUGGGCUCUCUGGGGAAUUAUUCAGAGUAAUGUAUCAAAUUUGGAAUUUGACUUUCUCUCGUAUGCGAAAGUUUUGCCUCAUACAAUGAAUCACUCCAAUGGUAAUAAUAAGAAUUCCAAUGUUCUCUUUCAAUCCGUAAUAUCGGAUAAGCAUCAUGAGGAGAGUUUGGAUCUUCAUCAUCAUCACGAAAGUCCAUAUUUACCAGCAGCACAGCAUCGUCAUCAGGCGGAUGAGUCAAAACAAGACCUAUUUUCCUCACCAAGUAACCUCUACAUGAAUCAUCAUGGUCUUCAACUGAUGAAUAGUUUACCAUCCAAUUUUGCCAUUGGAACGGCUGCCGCAGUUUUUGGAAGAACACUCUCAAUACCUUUUCAACAAACAUUACCUCUAUGGAGUGGUCAAUCAAUCACAUUCGCACGAUACAUUUAUCAAAGUGCAACAGGUUUGACUGCAGGAUUUUCUUCGUGCCUUACAAAAUUUGCUCCUGCUCAAGCACUUGCGUUGUCAUUGCGAGACUUGUGUAAGAGUAUGCUAGUGUCGACUCGAGUCAUGCAUGAUUUACAUCACGAAAAUGAUGCAAAGAGGCAACUCAUGUUAAAUAUCACUUCGGGAGCGUUGGCUGGAGCAGCAUCACAUGUAGUUUUGCAUCCUUUUGAGCAUGCCCAAAUGAGGUACUUUACCUAUCUGAGCAAGCAUCGUGUCGUGAGUCAAUUUAAAGGACCAGUGCAUUUUGUGGUGAGCACGAGUGGCUUUACUUCUCUUUUCAAAGGUUUUGGAAUUGGAUUGGUGAAUGCUGUCACCAAUCGAGGAUUAUUAUUUGGAGUGUAUGACUCUCUUAAUGUGAAUAAUCCUUUCAGAAAUCAAUGGGACGUAUAUGGAAUUGGCUCUAAAUUACUAAUUGCUCAAUGUGCAACCUCAAUCUCAGUUCUUUUUUCUAUUCCUUUUUUAAAUAUCCAACGAGAAAUGAUUUUACAAAGCAUGACAGGAAAUACCUCACAAGAUACCGAUCGAUAUAUGUCAUCUCUUCAAACUGUAAGAACUAUGAUUGCUCGAAACGGCAUCUCGAGCUUAUUCAGAGGAGCACUAGUAGAAUGUUUGGCGCGGAGGACCAGCGGAACCUUUAUUCUAGUCAUGUAUGACUUGUUGAAAGAGAUGUGGAACGAAAAAACUAUUUCAUUACAAAAACUUAGUCACUCUCAAGCAUAA